CACCAGCAGGACCCUCCCUCUGGGUGUCCCUCCGGAGGGGCGGAUUUAACCGUGCGCGCCGCGCUCCCGAGCCGCAGUACCCCGAGCCGCGGAGUCGCGCAGCCCAGUCCGCCGUCCUCCACCCCGUCAUCAUGGUUCUGAAAGGAGUCGCGCUGCUGCUGCUCGUCCUCGUGGCCCUGAGCGAUCGCGCCUCGCCCGCGAAGCCCAUCGGCAUGUUGGAGAGGUGCUGGUGCCGCUCAACCCUGAACACGGUUCCUCAGAGGGCCAUCCGGGAGCUCAAAUUCCUGCACACGCCCAACUGCCCCUUCCAAGUCAUUGCCAAACUGAAGAACAACAAAGAGGUGUGCAUUAGCCCAGAGACUAAGUGGCUACAGCAAUACCUAAAGAACGCUCUUAACAAGUAAGACGUAACCUUUCUCGACAAGAUAAAGAAGACCAGACGACGAUCCACUUAGGGACACUGCGGGAGCACUUGCAGCCCCCCACGCCCACCACACAGAUACGUGACAUGUGUUACUUCUCAGGAACGCCUGUCAAACCAGCACUUACUCACCCAUCACAUCUGUGCAGCAUCGGGCUGACCUGUUGCGCACCACCAUCCCCUGCAGACACUUUUCUUUCUUUAGUGCUAAGUGCAAUUAUAUGUGUAUGUUAUACGUCUAAUGUACAUAAAAUAUAGAUUAUAUAUAUUUUCUGUAGUUACAAGCAGUAAUGGGACAUUUGGAGUUUUUCCUUUUGUUGCAACUGGGUGCAAAACAACGGUGUUCCAACAACGACCUGGUCCGAUUUGGGUCCAUUUGACUUCUCAGGAUUAACACCUGUAGGGAUGACCACGUCUUGUCAGUGUGGGACGAGAAGGACCAAUUUUACUACCACUACCAGCUUGCAGUCCAAAGUAUUUUUCCUGUGGAUGGUGUCAGAGGUGCACUGUUGAUAAUGUUCAGGGAAUUAUUAGAAGCCACGCGGGUAUCAAUGUGUCUUGUUCUUCUGUCGCAGUAUGAAAUGAACUUUUAAGACUUGUAUGAACCUGUAAGACUUUCAAAAGAAGCCGCGUUGCACAAAAAUUCACCCGGAAAAUGAUGGCGUUUAUUUCAAUCCCGAUGCUACCUGACACGUUUAAUUCUAUUUCGCGAUCAAAAAACAGUUUCUGCAAUAAACUAUGCAGGCAUAGCCUGUUCCACCAAAAUUUUAAACAGGUUGAAAAUAACUAAAAACAGCAAGAGUGCAUUUUAUUCAAAUUCAUGCACUCGCUGUUAAGAAUGAUGCAAGAACUAAUAGUGGUUUUAGGAAUACGAAGGCUUAUUGCCUCUGACACGCAGCUCAGUACUAAUAAUAUGAAAGGAUUGAGGAGGUUAAACACUGCAGAAGAGAACAAGAAAACUGAGAUAUAAGUAGCAAUAUAAAUCAAGGCAUUUAUUUCAGUGCACUUAAUAUACAGUAUAUAGUGGACUUUUCACAGUAAGUUGCUGGACAAAGGGGUGUUUUCACCACAUAGAUGUGGUCAUCUCAGGUCCUGUUCCAUUGUGUAUCUCUCUGACCAAACACUUUUAUUUCAGCAUUAAUGUACAGCUAAAUCUUUAAUCUGUAAUCUGCAAAAUUUUCAGUGGUGGACCUACAUGUUACACCAGUUUGACUCAUUCAUCAUUUUGACAGAACCCUGCAAAAUUUUUUGUCUAUUUUGUAUUGCUUUUUUCCGAGCAGCUAAUAUAGAAUAUACGUUUUUAUUUUUAAUGUUGUUUACAGAGACAUUUUCCAUAUGUCAGUACAAUAUGAAGGUAUUCCCAGAAUGUACUGCACUGAACAGUAUUACAGAGCAGUUUUUGGAAGUUCUGACCCUAGACAACCACUGUUUAUGUUGGCUGGUGUUUGGGCUUUGCUGAAAUUGUAAGCUAGGCCAUGCACUGAAUAAUAGUUUUCAUUUUCACACUAAUUGCUGUGGGUUCAACACUGAAAAACAUUUGGUUUCAGCUAGUUUCACCAAACACACAUGACAUCCAUUUGAAAUUCUGUUGUACUGUGUUAAAGUCAAGCACAAAAAAAUAAAAUUGUCCUUGAGAGACUAGAAAAAAGUACGACUGGGUGCUGGAAAUAAAAAAAAAAAUCUCAGCGCUCUAAUUGCUGUUGGAUGUAGUUAAUAAGGUGAUAUUUGGGAACAUACAGCCUGUGUUUGCAGUAACUAUGUCACAAAACUUAUCCUUUCCUCUGGGUUUCUCCUUGAGACUACCAAAUUUCCCAUACAAACACAAUGGUGCUUCAUACACGACUACGAUGGGAUCCUGAAAUAGGGUUGUUUCAGGGAAAGGAAAAAUUAAAUGUUAAUUUGACAACAGCGAAAAAAACGUAAAUUAAUCCCAAGAGGUAUUGUACGGAGAUGGAGCAGAGUACCGCAGUUGUUUGAGUGCCACAUAGGAAGGUCAUUUAUUGUGCCGUGUCUGUCGUGUGAAAUGUUAGCCAUGAAUGUCGGCUGGCAAGGCUGUUUGCUGAGCAAAUUGAGCGGACAACUGCUGUCGUGAGAAAUUUGGAUUGCUUUCUCACACUGUGUCUAAAUCACACACUGAUCAAACUGACAGCAUCAGGGUGGUUUCAGGUCUUUGCAAAUCUACGCAAGGGUCGUUGCAAAGUCUUCUGCAUCAGUACACAAAGCAGAUUUCAGGCCUAUUUUUUAUAUCAUGUAUUUAUAUCAUUAUUGGCUUUUUUCUCCUUCCUCUCCCACACAAUGUGAAGAAAACCUCUUACUUUGUAAGGCAGCUUACACUAUAAGUAUAUUGCAUCUAUGAUGUAUUUAGCUUUCAAACUGCAUUUCACUUUGUAUACCAACUCUGCAUUAAUACGUUUGAAUUCACAUAAAUUUUUCAAUAAACUUGGAAAAUGCA